GAUUCUAAUCAAUUCUGAUUUACACACUUUUCUAAGUUUACCACAAUCAAUUUUUUUUUUUCAAAUCUAAACAUCUACAAUACAUCGUGAAUCUGCAAAAAUGGCAUCAAAUAGCAUAAAAACGACAGCACUCCGCGCUUUACGUACAAAAUUGACAUCAACAACCAAGCCUACAUUAUCACCCAUCCUCGCCAAAAACCGUGGUAUCACAGGCACGACCAGAAAAUCAACCUCUCUUGACUCAACCACUUCUAUACAACCCGGCACACCCUUUUUGCCUAGAGAUUUCAAUGGCAAUUUUCCCGUCUCCUUUUCCAAACCCACAACCACAACAUCCUUCAAUACCCUAGUCAAUUCCCUCACCACAUCUCUCACCACAACAUCCUCCCCUCAUCUUCCCACUCUCACCCGCCUCCUUCACUCUUAUGAUUCCUCCUCUUUGUCCGACUGGCAGAAAUAUGCCCACGCAAACUCAAACAAGCAAUACACAAGAAAUCUAGUAGCAGAAGUGCCAGGAAUAUUUAAUUUAUUAAUGUUGGUUUGGACACCGGGGAAGGAAAGUAAAGUGCAUGAUCAUGCUGCCAGUCAUUGUUUGAUGAAGAUCAUGAAGGGGGAGCUGAAAGAGACGAGGUGGGUUACUCCUGAGGGAGGUGCAAGGACGCCGGAGGAGAUGGAUGUUGAGGGUGUGAGAGAAUACAAGAGGGGAAAAGUCGCGUAUAUGUGUGAUGAUUUGGGUCUUCAUUCCAUCGCCAAUCCUAGCGCAACGGAAUAUGCGAUCUCUUUGCACUUAUACACACCGCCAAACGCCGCAAUGCACGGUUGCCACAUCUUCGAUCCGUUGACUGGUGUAAAGACUCAUGUAGCGCCUGGUGCUUAUGAUUCUGUCGGUGGUGUCGUUCAUCCAAGCGCUUGAGCUAAGCUCUCGAUGGGGAAUGGGAGAUAUGAUAUGGUAGUACUGUGAGAACUGGGGAGAUAAUUGAGAUGAGAGAUACCCUUUUGACGAAUUUUCUUGCAUUGCUUAACUUUUCGAUUCUUGGGUUGGGAGUUUGGGGUUGUAGGAUUCUGAUUCUUUGUUCUUUUUUUUUUCCCUUACCCUUUACCUACGUAGCAGUUCGCGGAUGGACAGCGUAGCGUGGGAACUUGCAAGUCUCGACGAAGAUAUUCGAAUUGUAGUAUUGCAAUGUCAUACACACACA